AUGCAGCAAGAAAGGGGAGGGUUGGUCCGCUUGAGCUGUGUAGGUCCUAGAGUUAUAGGAUGAAUGGAGUCUUAAAUAAUAAACCGAAUUGUGUGCAUUGAGCGAUGACUGAGUUCAUUGCACUGCUUGUUUUUUGUGAAAUGAACUUUAAUAGUUGGUUAAGAAAUGUGUGUAGCGACUAGUCGGUUCUCGUUUCGCAUUGAGCAGUAUAAAAGCUCAUGGGGGAGACUGGUCUAGAAUCGCUUCACUGAGUAUUAAUACUCACCCCUCUUUUCCCUCUUCCAUUCUUGCAGAACCAUAAGUGGAAAUGCCGACGGUAAGGAAGGAAAUGCACCUGAAACUCAUGGGACCAGAAACGGGACACACGGAGAUGUCGGAAAAGUAGACAUGUGUGUCUUAAACCCCGCGCUCUGGAACCCCGGUUGAAAAUGGGGAGGGACGGGUGUUUCAUUGUUGAACAGGCCAGAGCCGGUGACACGUCAUUUUUCAUCUUAAGUUAUUUUUCCCAUCAAGAGUUGGAUUCAUCCUGAGUUCUUCUUCUUUGGGUUUUGUCCUCGCAGUGUUAUAUUUACGGGAACGGUAAUUGUUUUACGGCCUGAUAUAUCGGCACUGGCAUCACCUGAGGAGAGAGCAGAAUGCCGUCGAGACUCAUCGCAGCAGAAAAGCUCCACCGCUGGACACGAAGGAGUCAAAGGUCUCAAGGCUCUGGCAGUUAGAGAUUUGUCGUACCGGCUUGCCUUUAUCGCAAACUCAGUGCAGAUUGCUGAUGGUAGCAGGAACACUGACAUGAGGAACCGCCAAAACGAUUCCAACGAAGAUGAUCAGCAGCAGUUCACGAGAGAAGAGCUAGAUGAAAUUCAGAACACUCCUGAUUACUUCAAUAAGUUAGUUGGAAGCAUGGCGCCAACCGUUUUUUGUCAUCAAGACAUCAAGCGUGCAAUUCUACUUAUGCUCGUAGGCGGUGUACACAAAACCACUCAUGAAGGCAUCAACCUUAGAGGAGACAUUAAUGUUUGUAUAGUUGGGGAUCCCAGCUGUGCCAAAUCCCAAUUCCUAAAGUAUACAGCAGGCAUAGUGCCAAGAUCUGUCUACACAUCUGGGAAGUCCUCUUCUGCUGUUGGGUUGACUGCAACUGUUGCUAAAGAAGCAGAAACUGGUGAAUUCUGCAUUGAGUACAACUUUAACCUUCCACCUGCCAUUCUCUCGAGGUUUGAUCUUGUGUACGUUAUGAUUGACGGCCCUGAUGAGGUGACGGAUUACCACAUUGCCCAUCAUAUCGUGCGAGUUCACCAGAAGCAUGAAGCAGCGCUUUUUCCUGAAUUCACUACCGUACAACUCAAGCGCUACAUUGCAUAUGCAAAAACCUUAAAGCCAAAGCUAAGCCCAGAAGCAAGGAAGCUACUGGUCGAUUCUUAUGUUGAUUUACGUAGUGCCUAUACAACCCCUGGCACAAGAGUUGCGUAUAGGAUGACAGUUAGGCAGCUGGAGGCACUGAUUAGGCUCUCAGAAGCCAUUGCUAGGAGUCACUUGGAAACUCUGGUAAAACCAAGUCAUGUUCUUUUGGCUGUCACACUAUUGAAGACUUCUGUCAUUAGUGUUGAGUCAGGUGAUGUUGACCUCUCUGAGUAUCAAGAUGCCAACGUUGACAACAUUGACAACACAGAUGAUAUCGAAAAUACUGGUAAUCGAGAUGAAGAGCAACACAAUGGUGCAGCUGAGCCAGCUUCUGCAACUGCAGAUAAAGGAGAAGCACCUCCAAAUCUGGUGAUUAGCGAGGAAGAAUAUGAUAAAAUCACCCACGCCUUAGUUAUUCGACUUAGACAACACGAAGAAACUGUUAGCAAAGAGAGUAAGCAACAUCACUCACUCUUCAAUUCUCCAUACUAAUGAGUUCUUACAACUCUUGAAACACAUGAGUAACAUUUACUUUUUAUAUUCAACUAAGAUAUUUUUGUUACACAAAUUAAAAUUUUGAUUACUUUUGUUAUUUUCAUGUAGAUUGAUUAUUGUCUUAGAUUUGUAUAUAUAUUUUUAGUAAGAUUAUGUAUAAUUUAGUAUAUGUUGUUUUGAGAAUCAGAUAGUAAAAGUAAACUAAAAUGUUGAUCUAUUAAAAGUUACAUAAAUAAAUAUAACAAUGAUAUUUAGUUGUAAUAAUUGGUUAAUAUAUUUAUAAUAUUAUUUGAGAAUUUCAUAUCUAUUUAGUAAUAUGUGGAGUCGUUCUAUAAUUUAUAUGUAUAAAAGUAUUAUUAUAAAUGAUAUUAUUUUUUAUUUAAUAUUUUACUUUAUAUACAAAAUUGGAUUGGUCUAGUUACUCAUUUUGAAUAAAAAGGAAACUGACUUAUAAUUAUUAUAUAUUAAUUAUUAUAUAUUAAUUAUUAUUUAAGAAAAAUCUAAAUAUAAAAAGGAAAAUAACAUAAAAUAAAUAUUGAAUAAUGAUAAUUAGAUAUAUUUGAUUUAUUAAGGGUAUCAUCGUAAUCAACCACCAUGAGAGUUAACGUGAGCAUGACACAUAAGAAACUGACUUAUAAUUAUAAAAUAAAGUGAUGAUAAAUACAAAAUUGCAUAAAAACAUAACUGAUACAUUCUAAAAGAGAAGAUUAAUUCUUUACUUUAAUAUCAAAAUUAUUCUUCUAAACUUCCUUUUUAUUAGAUCACAUUAUGUAUAAAAACUAUAUUUUUUUAUGUUUUAUAAAUAUUUUCUUUAUCAUAUAUGUUAUUUGAAAAAUAUAAAAGGGAACAUAAAAAAGAUUAAAUUAUUUUGUAAUAAUUUGAGAAAUAGACUGAUUUAAAUAAAAUGCAUGAUACUUUUAAAAUAUACAUUACUAGUAUUAACCCCAUGCUUCGCAUGGGAAUAUUUUUUCUUACAAAUACAAUAUAAAUUGAUUGUUAUUAAGUAUAGAUGGAUAGUUGCGAACACAUGAAAGAUCCUGAAAGAGUGCUUUACCCGAUCAGAGCUAAUCUAUGUACCACAGACGCGAAACUCAAAAGCGGAUAGUCUAGCACGCAGUGCUAGAAACCAAUCGUCUUUUGUCGUUCACAUGGAUGCACAUCACCCGGUUUGGUUUACAGAGUCGAUAUGAGUCUGUAUAGUUGAUAACAAAAAAAAAAAAUGAGAAGCACAAUGAUUUUCCAAAUAUAUAUAUCAAGAAAUAUUUCAAAAGACUACUUUACAGAAAAUGUAUCAAAUUGCUCACCAUAGUAUAUUGAAGGAAGUUUCCAAUCUACCUUAUUGAUGCAAAACUUAUUGCACAGUAGAAAAACAGUUCAGAAAUAUGGGGCCUGUUUGUUUCUCCAUCUGGAUGGACCAUCUCGAUGAAGAUGAGAGUUUUGUUUGUUUAGGCACUAAAAGUACAACUCAUUCAGAUGGAUCAUCCGGAUGACUUUUGAAAAUUUAGGCUUAAUUUUAAAGACCAUUCAGCUGAACCAAUUUGGAACAUUUGAAUGGAGAUAGUUAAUUCAAAAUGGUAUAAUGUCUAUUAUACCCCUAAUGUAAUUCACAAAUUACAAACCUAAACAUAAUAUCAUUUUUGUCACAAACGAAAACUGACAAAACUACAAAAACACUUUUUCCCGUGCUAAAAACUACUUUUUCACGCCAAAACCCCAAAACACAUUUUUCCGCUAAAAUUGCAAAAAAUGUUUUCCCAUCAAAAUUGCAAAAACGUGUUUCCCACAAAA